GCAGUCUUGUAAUAGGCGACGCGUCUACAGCUGCAGCGCAUCACCUGUCUUUCUCGUAAAAAGCAAGCCUUGUGACCCGUCGUUCCCAUCGUAGCUUUUUGUGUACGUCUCUACGAGGUUGCCUGACGUGGUAUUUGGGUGACGCCCGAUGACGUGCCAGCAAACACGAGACAGCCACACAAGUUGUAGGCAAUAGGCAAAGGAGCUGCACAUCAAUAACGUUUCAUCAUUGAACUUUGUCGUCACCUUACAUUGAUACGGAAUAUGUCAUCUUAGCUGCCUACAAACUCUAAUAUCACAUAGCGUGCAGACGAUCUACUGCUAGGCAGCCAUGCAACAACAGCGACAACAGGAGCCGGCUCUAGUCGACGAGUUCGAGAUCGGACUUGACCGAGCCAAGAUCACGAAGUCUGCGCAGAUCCAACUACCAGAGUCACAUGAAACAGAGAAGCAGGGCACAGAGUCUGAUUCGGAGUCAGACAGUCCACGCUCGCCGUCUCAUAAUCUCGUUGAAUCGAUCAAGUUUAAGAAGCACAAAGCUGGCAUCAAGAUCAGAAAGAAACUUCAUAUUGGGAGGGCCUCAGAUGACUUCGAUCUUACUACGACAGCCAUCGCAGGGCGACAUGACGCAUCACAGUCACGGUAUGUGACCGACGCACCAGAGCCUGACCGCACCACAUUCAAGGACUUCGUCCACAAUCCUAUCGAUAGUGUUAGAGCGAAAGUGGCAGAGCACAGUAAUCAGCAGUUUGCAGGACAGAUGACAGCGAAAGAGAUACCCCAUAGCAACGAGGUCGAUCUCCUCCAGGCUUCAGAAGCAGUUGAGGCUGCAAACACCGAUGCACAAAGGUUGCUUGCGAUACAAGACCUCUCCAAGCUGAUGAAAGAGCGCCAAGCUACUUAUGCACGAUGGACUAUCGAUCGCCACAUAACAAAGGUCAGGCUUUUGCCGCGCGAAGAAAUGAAGUUGAAGUCAAGGUCAGACUUUGAGAAGUACAGUCCGCAGGAAGGCCUAGUCAUCGAUUGGAGAGCAUAUGGGCAACAUUUGCUUGUGUACUACGCACAUCAGUAUGGAGGACAGUAUAUCGGCUACGGUUCAGAUCUACCAGCACCUUCCAAGCACACGAUCAUGCCGAACAUCGAGCGUUUUUUGAUUGCCUCAUCGCCGCUGCAAGAGCUCAUAAUGACAUCGCGAAGAGUUUACCGGUGGGAACAGCCGUCGAAAACGGCCAAGUACCUGUUGGUAUAUUCUGUUCUCUGGUACUUCAACAUGUUACUUUCUGGCUGCUUAGCAGCAUUUGUGUAUCUUGUGAUCGAGCGUCGUUCACACGGGAAUACCAUGCAGGAUUUACGCGAAGACAUCAAACAUCGAGAGGAUCAGCGCACGACGGCUUUAUCGCUAACAGAACUAAUCGUGAAAGAAGGCGACGAACAAUGGUCGCAAGAUCUCAUUGAUGGGCUGGGCCCGUGGUUCAUGGUCCAACUUGCUGACUUGGCAAAUUUCUUUGAGACUAUGCGCAACUUUUACGAAUGGCGUGUUCCUCACCGGACAAUACGUAUGCUGAUUCUUCUCAUCGCUAUUACGCUCGUCACGGCACUGGUCCCGAUCUGGUUAUUCGUCAAAACUAUAACAUUCUCCAUGGGCUUCACAUUCUUCGCGCUUUACCCAAUUGCGGUCAAUUUCCCCGAGUACAGGCUACUGGUUUCGCCUACGAAGCGUUUCCUGUGGAACAUCCCAACACAUGGCGAGUGGGCUAUUAAGUACAUACAAGCUGAGGGAAUUCGUCUUGCCCAAUCUUCUGAGCCUGUCGCAUCUGGUCCGGCACAGCUUUCUCCCACGUUUGAUCCUGCCCAUGAUCACAACAGCUAUACUGCGCACUACAAAAAGAUUACCGGGCGUCUCAUCGUGAGCGCUGGAGGAGUUCGUUUUGUCUCAAACUUAGGACACAGCAUCUCAUGGUCUAUCAGGUAUGAUGAACUCCAGCGGUUCGAGAAGGAAGAGCGCGUUGUUGAAAAAGAAAUUCCAAGUAAGCUGCAGUGGGACUCUGGUCAAGAUCUGAAAUUUGUUAGCAAAGAUGGGAGAGAGUACCUCCUCAAACAGGUGGACAAGCGAAAUGAGGCAUUCUCCCAAGUUGUCGGCUUUUCCAAUAUCAUUUGGCAGGUCGUUUGGUGAGGCUACGCUUCGCCGCGGUUUACCUGAAUCGGAACGCACCUAAAUGACCCACAAUUCACUCUUGGCUUACCCCACUCUUUGCAUCUCAUGGUUACACUAUCUCCGAUAUCGUUGGCGGAAAACAACCACCCAUGCUAAGCAGCGAUAAGACUUAGACGCGGCUGCUUGGCCACGCCACGGCUGCACGCUUUUAAAAGCAAUGCGCGCCGUAU